AUGUAUAAAGGAUAUAUUGAAAAGAUGUUCAAAGAAUUUCAAAUUCAACCAAUUUAUUUGCCUUAUGAAUUUUAAAAGAAUGGAGGUGAAGGCAACAUAAUUAUGGAUAUUGAAUUAGUCAAUUAGGUAUGAAUAUUAAUUUUGAAUAAAGUUAGAUUAAUUCAUAAAGAAAAAUAUGAAUUAAAAUAAUGAACAUAAAAUUCAAUAAUUUAUAAGAAUGUUUUCAGUCCAAUUACUAGUACCUAUGCAUAUUAUUGAUGAAUUAUUAAGCAAAUAAUUAUAGACUUCUUAUUAAUAAUUUGAAGAAGAAGCAAUUGAUAUAAGUCAAAGACAAUCGAUUAAUAGGAUUAGAGAAUAGACCUUAAUAGAAGAUAUGAGAUUUAUAACUUAACUUUAAUUAUAGAGUGAAUAAAAAUCUGAUUAAGAAUUAUUUGUUGAUGAAAUUAAAGAAGCAAACUUAAUUGUACCAUUAGCAAAUUUAAAAUAAUAUCCAUUAGGUAGAACUUCAAUCACAAUAAGAGCAAAAUUAUUUAAUAAACCAAUAAUAGAAAAAGAAUAAUUAUAAAUAAUUGGAGAUUAUUGUCUUUAAUUUAGAGAUGAGAGUGGAAUGUGUUAAGUAUUCUUUACGAAGAAUAGAAUAAAGGAGAAGUUUUAGUUUUAUUAUGAAAAUCUUGAAGUCUAAUGUAUUUAUGAUAUCAGUGAUAUGGAAAUACAUCAAUUUAAGUAGACAUAUGAGAUCAAAGUCACUUCAACAACAUAAUUUAAAUUAUAUACUAAAGUUCCUGUAUUGGAAUAAAUAUAACAUGCAUUAAGUUAUAAUUUGAAGAAUGGUGAAGAAAUUAUAGUUGCUGCUAUGAUUGCAGAAAUAGGUGAAUUAAGAUAAUAAAAUAAAAAAUUAAUAUUAUAUACUUUACCUAUUGAUAGUAAUACAGAUUAUUAUAAAAUACCAUUAAUUUUAUGGGAUUAACAUAAAUUAUUGAAUUUUAAAGUAGGUGAUGUUUAUGUAUUUGAAGGUGUUUUAUUAAAAAUAUAUACCGAUGUGAUUGAAUUAAAAUCAAUAAGAACUAGAUUUAAAGUUUAUACUUAAGAAGAUGAGAAAUAUUAGGAUAUAAUAAAAUAAAUUAUAGAUAAAAAAUAAAAUUGGCUCUAACCUAACAAUUAAGAAAUUCAAAUUGAAUAAGUAUUACAAUAACCAAUUUUUUUGGGUGAUAUUCAUUAGUCUAACAAUUGUACUUAUUUCAAUACUGUUGUAAAAAUAUUAACAGAUAAACCAGCAAUCUUUUAGAUGAAAACACAAAAAUGUGUUAAACAAAUAAUUGUUACAAGCGAUAAUAAUAAUAGUUAAACAAUAGAAUUAAUAGGUGAUAGAUUGUGUUAAAAGAUUUAUAUUUCAGAAGAAGCAAUCAUUUUUAUUAGUUAUUUAUAAUUUAUAAAUAAUAAAAUUGUUGCAAAUGAACAUAAUACUUAGAUUAGAGUAUUACCAGAUGAUGAUAUCGAUUUUGCUAAUUAAAUAACAUUAUUAAAAUAACCUUUUUCUAAACCUUUAUCAUUAGCAUUAAAUGAAUUAGAACAAGAUGUUUAAAUCAAUGUCUAUAAAAAAAAUCCUAUUAAAAUUAAAAUUAAUCAUAAAAAUUUAGAAAAUUAGAAUUAAAAAUUAAUAUAAUCUGACAGUCUUAAAAAAGGAAUAGAUAAAAAUGAAUUGAUUGAUGAUAUUGUGCCUUUAUUAGAAGGUAAAAUGCAUAAAAGUAGAUUUAAUGUAUUAGUGUAGAUAGAUGAAUUGUUUGAGGUUAGAUAUUAAAAGGGAAAUGUUAAACUAUAAGAUCUAAGAAUAUCAGAUGAAUCAGAUUCUGGAAAAAUAACUUUAUGGAAUAAUUAAAUUAGUGAUUAUAAAAUUGGUCAAACAAUUAGGAUAGAUCAUAUCUUUUAUGAUCAGAGUAAAUAAGAAUUUAAAACUUCAUUUCACACUAAAGUUUAUACAAAUGUUCCAAAUAAAAACCUACCAGGUAAAUAGAGAAAAUAAAUCUAAAAAUAAUUAAUUAUUGAGGGUAUUGAAUAUUAGAAUUUUACUUAUAAUUAAGAACUUAAAUUGAUUACAGACAUAAUUAAAUUAUAAUAUAAUCUAUAAGAAGAAUUACCUUAUUAAUAUUGUAGAGCAAUGAUAUCAGAAAUAUUAAUAGCUAGAUUAUCUUAAUAGUGUCCUUAAUGUACUUUCACUAAAUUAAUAUAAAAUAAUGAUGUUUAUGAAUGUUCUGGAUAAAAUGGAAUUAAACAUAUUGUUACACUUCCAAAAAUAUUUUGUUAUCUAAAAUGUAAAUUAACAGAUUUUACUGCAUCUAUAGAAGUUGUAUUUGGUGAUGAGAUCUGUUAAUAAUACAUCCCUUAAACAAGUAUUAAUGAAUUAUAUAAAAAUCAAAUGACUGUAAUACCAUACUUUGAUUGUUUGAUGUACAAAGAAUUUACAUUCAAAUUAUGGUUAUAAAAAUAGAAAGAUUAAGAAACCAAAAAGAUUAAAAUCAUGAAAUUAUUUUAAACAAAUUACUUAAAAAUUAUAGAUUCAUAUUUAUGA